AUGCGAGUUAGUGAACCUGAUCAGAACAAGGUAUUUGUGAGCGGCGCCUGGCCUCUGGCGGAAGCGGAGGCGGAAGCGGCGGCGGGGCGCCGGCGGCGUCGGGUAGCAGCGAGUGGAGCGGGGGCGGAGGCGAAGGCGGCGGCGGCCGACGCGACGCCGAGCCUCUUCCCGCGGCGACGCGCCACCGACCACCACCGCCGCACCAUCACGCAGCUCGAGACGGCGGUGGAGGAGCAGCGUCAGCUGCGCCUGCAGGACGCGCGCCAGGUGGAGGCGAAGGCGGCGCGCAUCAAGCAGUGGGUGGCGCUGAAGCUGCGCGACCUCGAGGCGCAGAACGCCGUGCUGCGCGAGCAGAACGCGCGCUGCGCCGCGCAGCUCGACCUGCUGCGCGCGCACCUGGCCACGCACGCGCAGCAGCAGCACCACCACCACCUGGCGCCGCCGGCGGGCGCCGGCCGCUCCUCCUCCGCCGGGGGUUCGUCGUCGCGCGCCAGCCUGUCGCUGGAGGCGGAGUCUGGCGCGGAGCUGGCGGAGCUAGAGGAGGAGUCCGCGGGUGCGGGAGGCGCGGGCGGCGCGGGCGGGGCGCUGCGCGGGCGGCCGCGCUCUGCCGCCUCGGACGCCGCGUCGUCGCUCGCCUCCGCCGCCUCGCUGCCCCACGAGCCGCUCUACGCCUGCGCCGACCCGCUGGGCCUCGGCCGCUCGCACGCCGACCGCCUCGAGCUGUGCGGCACGGAGGUGGACGACGAGGCGGAGGAGCUGUCGCGGGACCUGCGCGCAGCGGUGGCGCAGCUGCAGCUGUGCACCGGCUCCGGGGCGGCGGGGCCCGGCGCGGCGCCAUCGCCCGCGCCCCAGCGCCGCCACCUGCGACACGCCCGUCGGUUGCUCUUGGACGCGCACGACCCGGACCCGCCCGACAGCGACGUGCCGGUCGCCGCCCGCUCUGCGCCGCGACCUCCGCGCCGCGCCUGCGCCCGCCCGCCGCCGUUGUCGGGCCGCCCGCCGCCCGCGCAGCCGCCGCGCCGGCCCGCGCGCCCUCGCCCGUCGCUGCGUCCCGUCCUCCGCUCGCAGUCGCCC